AAUGCGUGUCACAUUUGAGGGUGAAGGGGAAAUGGCCGCCAUUGCUAAGACAUUUGGCCCACUUUUAAUCCCUCCGGCGAUAAACUAACAUUAACUCAGCAUUAUGUUUUUGUUUUCAUGCAUUUAGCGACGUUUUCGGCACAAACGUGCAGCGCUUAGGACGAGGGCCGUUGUUACGUUGCGUUCACGUGUCAUAGGAAUGCGUGGCAGCGGUGUUUACCUCCUCGCUGCGCCCCAGCGAUGACUUGUUUUGGUGGCGACCACGUGACCGACUCCACGAGUAGGACGUCCCCGCUGUCUGUUUGAGCACAUUACGAACAAGUUUCAGAUAAGGGGACAAGAAGGAGUCGCCCGGGGGUAGUUGCUACCGAAAACAUCUCAACGUGACGCCGUCUGCGUGUUACUAUUAGUUAUUGUCGCCGGACUGGAUGAGCUGCGCGGAGUUCACGGACGAAACACGUGAAAACCUCAAAACUUUUAAAAAACGUUGAUACGUUGACUGAUGGGAAAUGGCGAAGGCCUCUCCAUCAUCAUCACCAGCGGCGGCCACGACCUCUCACCCGGAGCUCUCGCACCCGGGAGGCAUCGAAGAUUUGAAAUCGAAGGCGGGGCCGCCGAGGAGGAACCUCUUCGGGUCCGUGGACCACCAGCAGCUGCAGCAGGACUUCCGGCGGCUGCUCGGCACGAACGCGGAGGCGGCCAAAAGGCGCUGGAACUUUGACUUCCAGAGGGAGGUGCCGGGAGAGGGCCCCAACGUCGUGUGGGAGGAGCUACGUAGACAGGACGUGCCGGCGUUUUACCACACCUGCACGGUCAGGCCAGCGCCGCGUCCAACGCCGUCUUUGUCCGGGGGCGAGGGCUCCUCCCCCGGGCACAGCAGCUCGUCCGGGUCCGGGGACGAGUACCUGGAGGUGACCACCCGGGGGCACUACCGGAUCCAACGGGACGUAAACCGCAAACAGUCGGCCAUCACAGAUUUCUUCAAGGUGAAGAAGCGGAAGCUGCUGCUUUACAAGGCGUCGUCUUGGCAGUAGAAAAGCACCACUAGACGCAGCGGAGGACCCCUCGGGGGUCGUCAUCCGCUCUACCUGUCGCCUCACACGGACAUGUAUCAUACCGUAUACAUACAUGUAUGUAUAUAUAUAUAUAUCUAUAUACAUAUAUGUAUAUGUAGCAACUUGUAAGUGACUGUCCACAAGCUCAUUCAGCACGAGCUACAAGCUAAGGAAACCACCAUUUUUCCUAGUAAAUCCAGCUCAGUCUUAAGCAACGGUUUUUGUUGAGAAUUGUAAGAAAUUCUAGUUGUUAAACAUCCAGUUUUCCUCAGCUUUGACUAUACUGUGAAAUUGUUUUGUAUGUACUCUUAAUAACAGAAACCAGGCUCUAGUUUGAAGAAGUUAAUUUUCUUCCCCCACGUUUUUCUUUUUUUUUUUUUGUGUGGUGUGUCUCCUCUGCCGUUUGCUAAAAGUCCCAAGAGGUUUGGAUUAGAUGAGUUACUAUUUCUAGCCUCGCGUCACACUUCGCCUUUAGUCGCACCCUCGGUGCUCGGAUAGCACGAGUCAAGCCAGGGGUCAAAAUCUCACCCAGGACCCAGAAUCUGGCAGCGUGCAUGUGAUUAGCCCUGGGGCAAAGGUCAAAAGGUGGCGUUUCACCGAUGAGGUCAUGCAGUCGUAUCUGUCCAACGGUGGCUUCACUUCACUUUGAGACUUUAUGUUUGUUACUCCCGAUACCAGAUCCUUGUCAUAUCAAUGCGUAACACAAGGUAAGAUGAUUUGUGUGUGGAAACCUGACUAGACAGUCAUAGUCAUAGUCAUAAUAGGUCAUUUACACUCCACUUAAACAUAUUGGCAACAUAUAGUGAACACAUUAACAAAAAAUAGUUAAACUGUAAAUCAUAUUCUCUUUGUGCAAUGCAUUAUUUGCAUUAAAGAUGUAAAAAUUGAUAUAUUUUUGGGCAACAGACUGGAACAUACCUUAUUUAGUUGUAUGUUUUGUCGGCUUUACCCUUGUAAUAAUGUAGCAUUUGUCCAGUCUUCAUGUGACGUCCACCUCUUGGGUGCUAAAAACGCAUUUUAUUUUCUUCCAUGAAAGGACUGAAGUGUUUUAUCACUGUUUUGCAGCUCAAAGGAAUCUUGUCCUCCUGGUUCCACUUUUGGUCUUUUAAAUUGUUUUGUUCUUUGAGACAAAUGUUCCCCGUUUCUGUCUCCAUACACAUGCAAGUGUGGGUUUUUAUAUAUAUAUAUAUAUAUUGAUAUAUAUAUAUAUAUAAAAAAUCACAUAGUUUGUAUGAAUGUGUUUUGGUUUUUAUCUCGAGGUUUACUACAGAUUGCAGCAGUUGUGGCAAAACUCUGUUGAACCAAAAAGAGAUCGCCGUGCCAAUAAAUCACACACAUCAUGCCACAACUGUCCAACUUCCAGUUUGAGGCUGUCAAAUAGGAUGUACCCACGUCUAUUCUCCACCUGCAGUCAUUCUAAUUUGGAUAAGAAUGAAAGAAGAGCCAUAACCUGGAUUAAUCCACAAGUAUACUACCUCAAGUGAUCCAAGUUUAUCCAAUGAUAAACAGCAACACCAGUGGAGGUCGGGUCGUGUGUGUUUUAAAGGUGAAAGAGAGACAGAAACGAGGGGGAGGGGUUUGUUGUGGUAAAAAUACUGUUGCGGUUCAGGACUAAGUGUCAAGUUUCACAUCGUGUAAAAGAGUCAGCGUUUCAGGGGAGGGAAAGGUGUUAAAACUUUAAUAAGUGAACAAUUAGCAGAAAAUGUCGCCCGUCUCUUUCGCAAAACCGAGCGUCUCAAGCCCUGCAAAAAAUCAGCAAGAAAAGGAGUUUUUUCAUAAUCAUGUUUUUCUUUCAAAGCUCAACAAGGUGAUAGUUUGUAGCAAACAUGGCUUUUUUUUAGGGGAAUUACAUUUCUUUUGGUCAAUGUGUAAAGGUCUUCUCAGAUGGAACUUAGUCUAUUUUAACUUAUUUUGAAAUUGUAUCAUUUGUCCUGAGGUGAAAUCCUUUUAAAGCCCUUAUGUUUUUUUGGUACAACUACUAAUUGUGUUUUUUCCCAAAAUAUAUCUUUGCACUACUUCAAACAUUGUUGACAAGAGAACUUGUUUUUAUUGUAAUCUUCUCCUUCACUUGAUUAAAUUGUCUUCAUCCCAAAGUCAGACAGGUGGAAUAAAAAUAAAUCAAGGAAAGCUAAAAAUAAAAUAAAAAUGAAGAUUGAUCCACUGAGCAAAACGUGCUUUCUUAAAUCACCUGUCGCAGCUAUAUUGAAGUGUAGCGUAUUUUUAUUGUAACUUUGUAUCUGCAUAAAUGGAUGAUAAUUGUACAACAUUUGUAAUAAUUAUAAUUUAAUGCUGGUUUAUGUAUCCUUGUAACAUGUAAAAAGUGGAUAUGUUUGGGAUGAGAAUCAUAUUUGUAAAGAAAAUAUAUUUCUGGGUGUUCGGUACGCUGUUGCCUUUCGUAUCGUUGAUUUCUCCUUAUUGUUGAAUAAUAAAAUAAAUGAAGACUGUUACAAACUACAAA